GUCUGGCCCCAGUAAUUAUUAUGAACUGUUGGGUGUGCAUCCUAGUGCCAGCUUGGAAGAAGUUAAACGAGCUUUCUUCACCAAGUCCAAAGAGCUGCACCCUGACAGAGACCCUGGGAACCCAGCCCUGCACAGCCGCUUUGUAGAGUUGAAUGAGGCUUACCACGUGCUCAGCCAUGAACAGAGCCGCCGAAGCUACGACAACCAGCUCUGUUCAGCCAGCCCCUCAAAAUCACCAGGGACCACAGCCUACCCCAGGUCUGCCAGACAAACACACAGCAGCUCCUGGGCACCCCCCAAUGAACAAUACUGGGCCCAGUUUCAUGGUGUGAGGCCACAGGGGCCUGAGUCAUGGCGAUGGCAGCAGAAACACAACCAGCAGGUGCUGGGGUACUGCCUCUUGCUCAUGCUCGCAGGCAUGGGGCUGCACUACGUUGCCUUCAGGAAGUUGGAGCAGAUGCACCGCAGCUUCAUGGAUGAAAAGGACCGGAUCAUCACUGCCAUCUACAAUGACACACGGGCCCGGGCCAGGGCCAACCGAGCGAUGCUCCAGCAGGAGCGGAAUCCGAGGCUGCACUCGCCGCCCUCUGGGGCUUCCCCAGGCGCCGGGUUCGUGCCCCCUGGCGCUGGCCCCUGAGGGGCUCUCUAGGCCCGCAGACGUUCGCUCCUCGCUGAAGCCCAGGCUUGGCCUAUUCCCACGGCGCGUGCAAUAAAGCAGUUCUCAGA